ACAACUGGUCAAAUGCUGUAAACGGUAGUUUCGCGGUAUAAAUCCUAAGAGCAAAGCUACUUUUACUCAAUACAAGAAAUGAUCUGGGAAGAAUAAGAUCAACACUAUUUAAAUCCUAUUAACCUCAAAAGUUGAGCCUACAUUUUUUUCACAAGCCACCAUCUCCCAUCUAUAUAUAGUAUCACAUAUCAAUCAGGUCUGGUCUUAUGCCACUCCAUACAAGAGAGCACAAUUUUGUGUGGAGGUGAGCUGCAAACUUUCCGCUAAAUCAAGAGUAAAAAUAUAUCCCAAGACGAUUACAAUAUACUGGUUUUGUCCCCUCUACGCCUACCCCAACAACAGCCUGACCUUGUCGAUACUCAAAAACGCACCAAGAAAGCUCCAAAAACGAAAAGAAAGAAAAAGAAACACCUCGAACCCACAACCUUGCUCUCUUUCCCUCUCUCCCUCCAUUUAUUCUUCUAACAUCUUCUCUUUUGCGACCUUUAUUUUUUACCCCACCCUGUCAGUCUUUUCUUCAAACACUUAGUACGCUCUUACAGUAACUGCUGAUACAAGCAGUUUUAUCCUCGUUUUUAAUUAAGUGAUGAGUGAAUAAACAAGAAAUCAAGAAUCAAGCUAAGUGGAUGGAAGGAGCAGAGCUGGAACUAGAGAGAAGGAGCAAGUUCUUGAGUGGUUUGAUAGAGAAAAGGAAGGCCAAAGAACGUCAAGAGCAGCCCAGCAAACUCAGUGUUCGUGUUAGAGCUGCUGAUAUGCCCAUUGUUUUGCAAGACCGCGCUUUUAGGUGUGCUCGUGACCAGCUUGACUCCAUGCCUGGAAAGCUUGACAGCAAACGCCUUGCUCUUGCCCUUAAAAAGGUGGUCCUGUUCGAAUGUGUCAUUACUGUAAGUGAGCAUGGCGAUGUCCUUUUUAUGCUGCUGGGCUCUAAUCCUUCUUUUGGGGUCUACUUAUUCAUGGUUUAUCCUGAUUGAAAUCCUUUUUUGUGAAGACGAAAGUGUUUUUCAUGUGGUCCAAUCUUGCCGUUGCGUUAGAUUUUUUCUGCUUCCAUUAUGAAACAGCCAAACCGAUUUGAAUCUUGUCAGUAGUGUGUGUACAGAAACUGCAAGUACAGGUGGUCCUAUUGAUCAUUUGUGCUGUUAACUUCUCAAGUGAAAUUCAUUGGCUUUAUUUUUAUUCUUGAUUGCCAGCUCGGUCUGGACCAAUUGGUUCUUCCGCGUGCUCUGCUUGCUUUCUAUUGUAAGAAUUAAUGUCUUAGAUAAAGAAAGUGAAAUUCUGCAAUAGUAGGUAUUGAGUUGAUAUUUAUACUACUUAGGUUUGUAAUUAGUCUAAUUGAGACAUAAAUGUAACAUGUCUCGUAACUAAUCAGAAUCAACAAUUUAUUUAUUAUUGAUGGUUGAAUUAUGGUCUUGUUUUA